UUAUGAAAGGUUGGGUCUAUCUUUUUGUAGAUCAUAAACUGUUAGAGAAAAUCUAGAUCUAGUGCAGCUCUUGUGCAAUGGAUAGUCCUGAUUAUUGCGAGCUCAACUCAAAUAUGACUCUUGACUAUAUAAACCGAAUCUUAAUGGAGGAAGACACUGAUGAGAAGGCCAGCAUACACCAACAACAUGAUGCACUUCAGGCCACUGAGAAGCCCUUCUACGAUAUUCUUGGACAGGCAUAUCCAUCUUCACCAAAAAAGACAGUGAUCAAUAGUGACAGUCAAGUAGAUUGUCCUGGUGACAGUAGCAACGAUUAUCGUAACCGGGUAUGCAGUGGUAGCUUUGUCAGUGAUCUUCUAGGGCCACAGGGUAUGCACUUGAUAGCCACUGAUUGGGCUUCUGAACUUGACAAAUUGACUUUGCAAUUUAACAGAGGUGCUGAGGAAGCAAAGAAGCUUGUUCCGAAUAUUGAGAAGUUGGUGGUUGACCCAGAGAGCAAUGGCAUUUCUGUUUCCAAACAAACGACGAAGGAAACAGUUGGACAAAAGAGUAAGCAUGCAAACAAAAUAAAGAAUCAUCCUUGUGUGGACUUGGAGUUGUUGGAAGCGAGGAAUAGUAAGCAUUCGGCAAUCUCUACUAAUGAAACAAUCCGGGAUGAAAUGUUUGACAGUGUUCUGCUCAACAAUGGGCAUCUCUAUCAUGACAUUGCUCACCUUAGAGAAAUGAAGGCAAAAGAAGCAAACAACAGUCCACAGAACUUUCUAAGCAAAGGAUAUGACCAAGGGCAUGAGAAGUCACGAGAUAAGAAGCAACAGAAGGAGGCGGUUGAUCUCAGGGAUCUUCUCAUCCAGUGUGCACAAGCGCUAGCAUCUAACAACCGUCCAUUUGCCAGUGAGCUACUGAAGAAGAUAAGGCAUCAUUCGUCACCAUACGGAGAUGAUUAUCAGAGGCUAGCAGUUUACUUUGCAGAUGCUCUUGAGGCGCGCUUGGCUGGGACUGGCAGUCAAAUGUAUCAAAAACUGAUGGGAAAACGAACAAGUGCCAGAGACAUGCUGAAGGCCUACCGUCUUUUCAUUGCAGCAUGCCCUUUCGUAGUCGGAGCGUAUUACUUCUCCAACAAAACUAUUGUUGAUGUAUUAGAGGGAAGACCAAGAGUGCAUAUCGUUGAUUUUGGCAUCAUGUUCGGCUUUCAGUGGCCAUUACUAAUCCAGCGCUUUGCAAAGCGGGAAGGUGGCCCCCCAAAGCUUCGUAUCACAGGUAUAAAUGUACCACAGCCCGGUUUUCGCCCCUGCAAAAUGAUUGAGGAGACAGGAAAGCGGUUGGCUGAGUACGCAGAAAUGUUCAAUGUACCUUUUCAGUAUCGAGGAAUUGCCUCUCGAUGGGAAAACAUCGGCGUCGAGGAUCUCGACAUUGACAAGGAUGAGGUGCUCAUAAUCAACUGCAUGUCAGGCAUGAAAAAUCUUGGCGAUGAGACAGAAGACAUAGAUAGCGCAAGGGAUAGGGUGCUGCGCAUCAUGGAGAGAAUGAAGCCAGAGGUUCUCAUUCUUGGCGAUGUGAAUGGAUUGUACAGCUCCCCCUUCUUCUUGCCACGAUUCAGAGAGGUUUUAUUCCAUUAUUCUUCAUUGUUUGACAUGCUCAAUGCAACUGUUCCUCCAAGCCAUGAAGCAAGGAUACUGAUAGAGAGGUAUCUUCUUGGGACGGACGCGCUAAAUGUUGUAGCAUGUGAAGGUGCAGAAAGGAUUGAGAGGCCAGAGAGUUACAAACAGUGGCAAGUGAGAAGCCUCAAGGCUGGGUUUAAGCAGCUUCCUGUUAAUCAAGAAAUCCUAAACAGAUCAAUAGAUGGAAAAAAGAAGCUUUAUCAUGAAGACUUUGUCAUCAGUGAAGAUAGCGGAUGGCUGCUACAGGGAUGGAAGGGGAGAAUAAUAUAUGCACUGUCCUCAUGGAAACCCGAGAAGCCAUAUACUAACAAGUAAGAACAAAGUAGAUGUUUGCGUUCAAGUCAGUUGUACUAGUAAUAAUGCUUUGAGGAGCUUAUAAUAUUUCAACCUCC